AUGUCGGGCCAAUCUAGCGUCGGAAACCGUGCCAUCUACGAGGCUGGCGACCAGCGCAACCCUCCUGUCUCUGAACUCCAGGACCGUGCCCGCUACGCCGAGGGCCAAACCAACAGCCACUCAACCCUGGACUCCAAGGAUGGCCGCUCCAUUGCCCAGAAGCUUGCCGCCCAGUCCAACAAGCCCGACCCCUCUCACCACCACAACAACGUCGCCAACCAGGAGGCCGAGCUCAGCAAGCAGGACCCCACCAAGCCCGCCAAGCUCCACGGCAACGCUCCCUCCAAGGGUGCCCAGAUUGACGCCGAGCUCCAGGCUGAGGAUGAGCAGCGCCUUCGCGAGAAGGGCAUCAAGCACUAA